CAUCCCGAUUUACUGAAAAGCGGCAACAACAGUUCAAUUACGUGUUAGUACGUGAAGUUUGUUAUUGGAUACUGUCUUUUAUCUGGAAAAUUAUAAGUUUAGUGAUUCACGAAUAUAGGUUAUUAUCAAAAUCAACUCGAAUAAGCUGCAACGGAAAUGGCGCGAACGAAGGAAGGUUGCAUGAUAAUCCUGGAUGUUGGAAAAGAUACUACAAUUAAAGGUGGAGAAAAUGAGCAAACAUUUUUCGGUCGAGCAAAGAAUUGUGUUUCCAAGAUUAUCCAAAGAAAAAUUUUCAGUAAACCCCAAGAUGAGAUAGGAUUAGUUCUAAUGGGUACAAAUGAGACUAACAAUCAACUGAACAUCGAGUGUGGAAGAUACGAACAUAUUUCGGAAGCCUUUGAGUUAGGUCCUGCUAACUGGCACAUGCUGAAAAUCAUGGAAAAACAAAUAAGACCGUCAAAUGUUAACAGUGGAUGGCUCGAUGCGCUGAUAGUUGCAAUGAGUUUUCUGAAAUCCGGUGCCCAGGCUAAAAAGUUUGCAUCGUUAAAAAUUAUUCUUUUAUCGACUCUUACAACAUCAGCUAAUUACGACAUGGAUCAGGUUGAAAUUGUUGUUUCGAAACUAAUUGACAUGUCAUGCGAGUUUAAUGUCAUCAACGAUAAUGUUGAGCAUAAUGACAUUGAUGUAGACGAUGAAAUCUUGUUUGAUACAUUAGGCAUUUUCAGUCAGCAACAGCAAAGAGGUAAAGAACAACGAGCAAACGAGCAAUUGUUGGCAGAUAUUGUUUUAAAAUCAAACGGGGCACUGUGUAACAUAGAUUCGGCAGAACUGCUGUUGCUUCAUUUCGAAAAGAAAGCUACUAGAGCAGUUCCAUGGAACAGCAUGUUAACUAUCGGGACACAAAUAGCAAUUAGUAUCUCGGCUUAUCUGGCCAUCAGUGAAGAGAAGGGCUUACCUUCUUUCAAGACAGAAAGUAUUGAUCCAAACGUUACAGUCCAGCUAAAGACCGACUACUUCAAGGGCGAUAAACCCUUUGAAGCUGACUUCGACAAUCUCAUCAAAGGCUACAUGUACGGCUCUACAAUUGUUCCAUAUGAUACAGAAAUGAAUAUUGACUACAAAUCUGGCGAGCAACGUCUAUCAUGCUUGGGAUUCACCGCAGCCGGAAACAUCUUGGAGGAAUACUUCUGCGGCAAAGGCACCUACGUUGUUGUUGCUAAGAAGGAUUGUGCAGCUUCUGAAGCGAAGUUGUCGGCUUUGAUAAAAGCAAUGAAUGAGAUGGGAGUAGUGAUGAUUGCGACGAGAGUGUAUAGACGAGAUACUCGUCCAAAAAUCAACGCAUUGAUGCCGGCAUACCGAAAGGGAUAUCCCUGUUUGGUUAUGUUAGAAUUGUGCUUCCAAGAGGAGCUAGCCUUAUUGAAGUUUCCUCCGCUGCUUACUAAUAAGUACAAGCCUACCGAUGUACAAUACGAAGUCAUCGAUAAAUUGAUCGAUUCUUUGGAUUUGAUGGAUGCAUUGGAUGAAGAAACGGGCUCAAAAGAAGCCUUUGCUUUAAACAAAACUCUAAACCCAAUCCAUCAGCAUAUGUAUAGAACAGUGGCCCAUCGCGCUCUUUAUCCGAAUACCCCUCUUCCUGCGAUGGACGAAGAAUUGAAAAGGCUGGUAGACGUUCCACCUAAAAUACGAAAACGAUCUAAGAGUAUUUUAGAGGAAGUAGAAAAAUUGUUCCCUCUUAAGGAAAAGAAGGUGAAUGCGCGUACCAAGUGGCUUCAAAGAACAGCAAUGAUUAAUAUUCAAAGCGACGCUAUAGCGUCCAGUUCAUCGCAGCAGAACCAAAUCAAUGAAGAGGAACUCGACGAUCAGAGAACACUUGUUGAAGUGGGCACCGUAACACCUGCUGAAGAUUUUGCUCUACUGCUAAAACGUGGGGAGAAAUUUGCUACACUGGCUAUUCAAAUACAGAACGUCAUUUCAGAUCUCGUGUUCAAAUCGAUGAGUAUUCCAACUGAGAAAGUCGCCAUGGCUAUAAUGAUGUAUCGUGAAGAAGCGAAACUACUUGGCCCCUACAGGUACAACGAUUGGAUCGGAGAGUUCAAAAAAAGUCUACUGGCCCGCAACAAGCAGGAGUUUUGGGAGCAGGUAGUGGUAACGCAACGCUUUGGAUUGAUUAGCUCCGAGGAAAGCGAGAUGAGUACCGUUACCGCAGAAGAAGUGGACAGCUUCUACAGCGUCCUAGUGGCAAGCAGGGCUGGCAAUGCUGAAGAUAAUGCCGACUACGUUGAUGCCGAUGAUUUGUUUGCUAAUAUGUAAAAUGAGCGAACGAGUUUUAUUGUUGAAUAAGUUUUAUAGAUUUUGUUUGUAUUAGUGUAAGGUAAUGGGACCUGCGUAUUGUUUUCCUCCGUGUAUUUUUUAUAUUUCCUAUGAGUCAGUAAACUUUUGAAAGAAAUGGUACAAGAAUUAUUAAUGAUUGAACCAUUGGGAAAAUGUAUUCAAACUUCAACCCGUCUAAAACUACUCAAUAUUUUCAACUGUAUUAUCGCUUUUUGUUAAAGAAGGAAGUUUUUAAUUAAAUUCUACCAACUGAUAACGGGUACUAUCAGACGUAGCGUCUGUCAUGUGCUGGUGUAAUACAUGACUUUUUCAUUUACAAUCACCUGCAAAUAUGAUGCAUACAUUGAAUUGAUAAUAAUUCUUUUAUCUGUGCUGCUCCGAUUGAAUUGAACCUAGCUUAGUCUGUCCUAGAAAUAAUAUUCAGCUGAAACCGAUAGUCAUGAUAAGAGGCAAAGCGUGCAGUUUUGGCUGGUAGCCACACUAGUGAAAGAAUUCGCAUUCGAUUUGCCGCGUUGUGCGUGUUAAGAUUAGUACAUACACGGGCUUCGCACGUUUACGUAGUGAUAUUUUGUGUCUUUUGAACUGUUAAUAAAAUGAAAUUGUUUGAUAA